GGGACUGGGCGGUGCCGGCGAGGCCAUCAUGGUGCGGAACGUGGACGACCUGGACUUCCACCUGCCCUCGCACGCCCAGGACAUGCUGGACGGGCUGCAGCGGCUGCGCUCACAGCCCAAGCUGGCCGACGUCACGCUGCUGGUGGGCGGCCGGGAGCUGCCCUGCCACCGUGGCCUCCUGGCGCUCAGCAGCCCCUACUUCCAGGCCAUGUUUGCCGGGGACUUUGCCGAGAGCUUCUCGGCACGCGUGGAGCUGCAGGACGUGGAGGCCGCCGUGGUGGGCCAGCUGCUGGACUUCGUGUACACGGGCCGGCUGACCGUCACGCAGGCCAACGUGGAGGCGCUGACACGCACGGCCGCGCGUCUGCACUUCCCCGCCGUGCAGAAAGUCUGCGGCCGCUACCUGCAGCAGCAGCUGGACGCCAGCAACUGCCUGGGCAUCUGCGAAUUCGGGGAGCGGCAGGGGCUGCUGGGAGUGGCCGCAAAGGCCUGGGCCUUCCUGCGGGAGAACUUCGAGGCCGUGGCCCAGGAGGAGGAGUUCCUGCAGCUGUCCCAAGACCGGCUGGCCACCUGUCUGGCCAGCGACCUGCUGCAGGUGCAGCCGGAGCAAAGCCGGCUGGAGGCCCUGCUCCGCUGGGCACGCCACGACCCGCAGGCCCGGGCCGCCCACCUGCCCCGGCUGCUCGGCCUGGUGCACCUGGGUGCCGUGCCCAGGCCCUGCGUGCAGCAGCUGCUGGCCACAGAGCCACUGAUCCUGGAGUCGGAGGCGUGUCGGGCGGCUCUGUCCCAGGGUCACAACAGGGUUCCGCCGGCCGAGCCGCGGGAGCUGGAGGAGGUUCUGGUGGUGGUGGGCGGGCGGGCGCUAGAGGACGAGGAGGCCACCGAGGGGCCCGUCCCCCACCCCGGGAACUUCGCCUUCUACGACACCAGAGCCAAGCGGUGGACGGCGCUCCCAGACUUCCCCGACCACGACAAGUGGGGCUUCUCGCUGGCCGCUCUGAACAGCAGCGUCUACGUCACAGGUGGCUCUCGGGGCACCAAGGCUGACACCUGGUCAACCACCCAGACCUGGUGCUUCCCGCUGAAGGAGGCGGCCUGGAGGCCGGUGGCGCCCAUGCUGAAGGCCCGUACGAACCACGCCAGCACAGCGCUCAACGGAGAGGUCUACGCCGUCGGCGGCACCACCCAGGACGUGGUGGAGGUGGAGAGCUACGACCCCUACACGGACAGCUGGACGCCGCUCAGCCCGGCCCUCAAGUACGUCAGCAACUUCGCGGCGGCCGGCUGCCGGGGCCGGCUCUACCUGGUGGGCUCCAGCGCCUGCAAGUACAACGCGCUGGCCCUGCAGUGCUACAGCCCUGCCACAGAAGCCUGGAGCGUGAUCGCUUCGCCCUUCCUGCCCAAGUACCUGUCCUCGCCGCGCUGUGCCGCCCUGCGGGGGGCCCUCUACCUGGUGGGCGACAACACCAAGAAGGCCUACGUGUACGACCCGGAGGCCAACCUGUGGCAGAAGGUGCAGCCCCUGCACAGCCUGCACGAGAACGGCGCCCUGGUGCCUCUGGGCGGCACGCUGUACGUGACGGGCGGCCGCUGGCAGGGCAUGGACGGGGACUACCGCGUGGAGAUGGAGGCCUACGACCCCGGGCACGACGCCUGGACCCGCCACGGGGCCCUGCCCCGCCUCUGGCUCUACCACGGGGCCUCCGCCAUCUUCCUGGACGUCUCCAAGUGGACGCAGCCCUCCGGCCCUGCCCAGGAGCACUGA